AUGCAUAAUCUACCAUAUGAAUUAGUUGCUAUUAUCUUCGACGAACUCCCGCGAUACGACGUCAAGUCCUUAUCAUUAGUUAGUAAAUACCUGAAUACAGUUGCAAAUACGCGACUUUAUAGAACUAUUUCAGUACCCAAGCCAUUCUUUUUCUCUUCCAUGGAUCCAAUCAUGCUACAAUCUUCUAAACUCAUUGAAAAUACAUGUAAGACAGAACAACAGUUGCGUUUAUCAAACCAGCUUGUAUUACAUCUCUCAAAUGAAAAACUUGCGAAGCAUCAAAGUAGAUUUGAAAGACAUAUCGGACAGGAAUAA